GGUACCCUGCCCAUUCUGUCCGAAGGAUCUUACUAACAUGAGGCAGCACCUAAGGGUCACGCAUGGGGUUGCCAAUCUCCGGGAAAGGCAGCUGUGGGUUCGCUUUUCCCGGAGAAAGGUCACGCAGCCUUUACGCCCGUGCCCGUUGUGUGGUCGUGCCCUAAAGCACAUACGGCCACACUUCGCCAAUUCCCACCGGGAUCUGUCGGCCAGGAAGCUCAGGCGAACUGUCCGGCGAUUCCAGUGGGAUAUUACCAUGGAAAGGCUGCGUGACCUUGAGGCCAGCCACCCGGUGGUCCCCAUGGUGACCCUGAUGGAACCCUUUGAAGACUCUGACGAAGAACAAAUUCCUUCAGCCCCUUCGUCCUCCAUCACGUCUGCGAGCUCCUUCACGCCUGCACCCCCCAUCACCCCAUCACCCCCCAUCACCCCUUCACACCCCGUCACCCCUUCACAUCCCAUCACCACCCCGCCUUUGAGCCCAGGCGCACGUGCAGCCGUGGAGGAGAUCGCAGAGGGGCUGAAGGAAUUUGUCCAGUGCAUGGGCAGUCCUGUGGAGCAGUCAGAGGGCGGCCCGCUCUUCGGUGGUCCGGCCAGCCAUCCUUCCCCGCCACCGGCUGAGUUCAGCGUAGACGAUUUUCUACUGAGCCUAGACCGGCUCGACGCCAGCUACGCCGGGGCGGGGGUCGUGCUGGGUUUUGACGAAGAGCGGGCCGCCCAGGCACCCGUCAUGCCGGCAUUCCUUUUGUUGCUAGAAGACAACUCCAUGGAUCCUCUCCAGUGGGGCGAGGUGGACCAAGGGCCACGUUCCCCUUCACUGGAGAGGAUAUAGUGUUUUAUAAUGUUAAACGGUUUUAUAUGGUUCAUGUUUCAUGUGUUUUAUAAAUAAAGUUUUAAAAUGUGUUUUUAA